AUGGGGAAACGGAAGAAAUCAUCGAGGAAACCUCAAGGUCCUAAAAAGAAGGAACCCUUACCAACGAAUUUCCCAUGUCUCUUUUGCAACCACGAGAAAUCCGUGUCAGUAAAAAUCGACAAGAAAGGCGGUGUUGGUGAACUCUCUUGUAAGGUUUGCGGACAGCAAUUUCAAACGGGAAUCAAUUAUCUCUCACAAGCGGUUGAUGUGUAUUCAGAUUGGAUUGACGCUUGUGAUGCUGUUGCAAAAGAAACGAACAACGCCCAAACUGUCGAUGACGGUUUCAACUCAUACUCCGAUUUGGCCGCAGGCAAUGAGCGACGGAAUUCGGAGAUGAAUAUUGAUCGUCACCUGGUCUCUGCCGUAGACGGUAAUGAAUAUGGUGGAGACUUCAUUGACGAUGACUAG